AUUCAAAAAUGGCGAUUUCAUUAUGAAUACUUGUGUUUGCUGUGUCAAUUGCAUUGAAAAGGUGACAAUCGACUGUUUACCAAAUGCUAAUGGUAUACCAAUAUCUUAAUGCAAAUUUCCAAUUCUUAAUCCUUCCUAAAUCCUGUUAGAUCAACACUGCAUCUUUCAAGAAUGUUUACGAAUAUAUUUUGAAGAUCAGCCAUAGUCCAGUAUUUGUGUUCUUAUCUUCAGAAUGUCGUAUAAACAAGCAUAUUUUGAACGACGUAUCCUAUACGAAUUACAAAGCGUAGAUUUGCAUGGUCGACAGGGAAGAAAUCGCAAACUAUGACCGCUUGAUGGCAGCCAUGGAAACUGGAGUUGAAAAACUUGCACAACAGCAUGAUAUAAAAAAGGGCAUGCAUUCUGGAAAACGAUUUUCAUUUGGGAAAAGUGUGCAGUUUCCCGGCUGGAAAGUGUCCAACAGUUUCAGCAGAACCACACAGCUUGUCGUCAGUUUCCGAGAAGGAAAAAAAGUUUCAAAGUUGCGAGAGCCAAGAAAUUUGUAUGUGCCUGCUAAAAAAUAUAAAUAUGAUAUCAAUACACCGAGAUGGCCAAGUAUGUUGAAAGUUAUUGAGGAGCGUCCAUACCAUCUUGACAACCCACCACAGACACCAGAAAGAUUUUAUUGUGAGACAGGCAAGAAUACUGAAAGUUUUCCUCUUUUGACAAAAAUAGAGGAUGGCAAACUUGUGUUUGAAAAUUCUCUUGGACAUUCAAAAUAUUUUCAAUCGUCAAGUUGUGGUGGGAGAAAGUCACAGAAUCCUCCGUUGCUCCGUCUCGUGAAUCACUUUCUUUUGAGUCAAGAUUUGAGAGUGGAAACCUCCAUAAAGCUAUGAAAAUUGGACGUUAUGAUUAUCAACUAUGGCUGAGUACAGAUUUGUACACGGAGAAAUACACACAGUGGUUUUAUUUCAGAGUUGAAAAUAUCGAACCUGGCAAAGUUUACAGAUUCACUAUUAUGAAUUUAAUGAAAUCCAGCAGCCUCUACAGUAUGGGAAUGAAGCCAUUAAUGUACUCAGAACGUCAAGCAAAAGGUAUCGGUUGGAGGCGUGUUGGUUCUAACAUCAAGUAUUACAAGAAUGAAUUGACAAGAGAAGACGGCAAAGGUGAACAUUCUUUGUUUUCAUUGAGUUGGACAGUGGUAUUUCCACACUCUCGAGAUCGUUGCUAUUUUGCUCAUUGUUAUCCUUAUACAUACACCACUUUGCAGGAGUACGUUAGUAAACUAUGCCAAGAUCCACUUCGGGCGUCGUAUUGUAAGCGUAGAAUCCUCACGAGAAGUUUGGCGGGAAACAAUAUAUAUUUGAUGACGAUCACAAAUCCAUCGAAAUGUCCAAUGGAGGCAAAGCGUAAACGUGCUGUUGUUUUGACUGCCCGCGUUCAUCCUGGAGAAACAAACUCGAGUUGGAUAAUGAAAGGCCUUCUGGACUACAUCACGAGCGAUACCCCGGAUGCAAAGCUACUUCGCGAUACGUUCGUCUUCAAGGUGAUUCCGAUGUUGAAUCCCGAUGGCGUCAUCGUUGGUAAUUACCGCUGUUCUCUGAGCGGCCGCGAUCUGAACAGAAACUACAAUAGCACAUUCAAAGAUUCUUUUCCACCAGUAUGGCAUACUAGAGAGUUUAUUAAAAGGCUCAGCCAAGAGAGAGAAAUAACUCUUUAUUGUGAUUUCCAUGGCCACAGUAGAAAACAAAAUGUAUUUUUUUAUGGUUGCGAAAACAGAGCCAACAUUGAACAUGGAUUGAAGGAACGCGUAUUUCCAAUGAUGAUGUCAAAAAAUUGCAAAGACAUGUUUAGUUUCAAGAAAUGCAAGUUUAAGGUACAGAAAAGCAAGAGUGGUACAGGAAGGGUGGUAAUGUGGAAUAUGGGGAUUUCGAACAGUUACACGAUGGAGACAACAUUUUGUGGCUCGGCAUUGGGUGACCAAGACGGAGUACAUUUUACGACAGCAGACUUUGAGUCUCUUGGUUAUUAUCUAUGUGAUACACUUUUAGACUAUUGUGAUCCUGAUGCAUCUAAGUAUUACUCUAUUUUGGAUGAAGUGGAAGUUUACAUGAAGUAUUUGCUGUUGGAAAGACUAAAGAAGAAAGGCAUAGCGGGCGUGGAUGCUCAAAUAUCCGACAUCGAUGUCGAAAGUAGUCUCGCCACGUCUGAGUCAAGUUCAAGUGGAUCAGACAGCUCUGUAUCAGAUGGCUUGCCAAUGCAUAUAAUAUACUCCGAUCAACACCCUCCCAAGAAAAAGAAGAAACGAUACAGGACAAGGACAGAACGAAACAGGAGACGUUCUGGUAGCCAGCAGAAAAAGCGCAAACUAAAAGAGAGCGAAGUAAAGCUAGAAAAGACGUCCAUGGCAAACGACUCUGAACAACCAAUCACGAAGAAUCCUCAAAGGACUUCGCUCUCAAAAAGCAGGAAAAUACCAACUUCUUCCAUUCACGGAUCCUGUUAUUCAAAUUCUGAGCGUUCUAACAAAACCAAGAAUUGGGAUUCGCUGGAUUGCUGCCGACCAAAUCACUAUACGUCCUUGUUUUUCCGUCAAAAUACACCUCACUUUCGCUGCUCGGGACAACAGGCAAAGUUUGGUCUCGCAGCCUCGUCACCAGUUUUCAGUUUGGAUGCGUGGUCCGAUAAAGAAGGGAACUCCAAUGAAUUAAGUUAUGAUGAUGAUGAAAAUAAUUUUAUUGAUCGAUAUAUGUCACAACAGAUUUGCUUAAGAAUAAACGGAAAAGACAACGGAAAAUUUCCACAUCCUAAACCAAACAAACCUGAAAAGAUUCCCAAAUCAUAUCGUUCUAACGCUAGUUCUGACAUGGUUGCGAAAGCGCAGGAUGAGGAUUUACUAGGACGUGUUGACGACUUGCGAACACAAGGGGACGAGAAAUAUCCUAAAGGACAAAAUUGUUUACGUCACAAAACAAUUUUUGAAAAAUCACAGUUACACGAGGACGAAACUAUUAAUGAUGUUGUACAAACUGUAGAAGAAAAGAACAUGCUUAAUGCAAAACCUAAGGCUUAUAUAGCGCGGUCUUCCAUGUCCGUCAACUCACUCUCAAAAUCGACUUUACCGAAAGAAAUACUUAAGCUCAGACGAAAUUGCAAGUCUGCUGGAUUGAAAAAUGACGUUCUUUCUUGUACCGAUGUUGAUAUUAUUGCUCAAGGAAUAAGUCGUAUGUCGACGGCUGGAGAAUGUGCAUCUCAAGAACUGGGAGAUGAAGUACAGCUUUGGAAUUCUUCUUAGAUUGAAAACCUCUUACCAACCAAAAACGUAUUCCUGCUCAUUCAGCGAAGCCAAAAUUAGGUCAAAUGGAAAGCAAUCCUAUUGAUUUUGUAUUUUUUCGUUAAUUGCUUUGCCAGAUUGACUGUUUAACGUCGUGUUCUUUUUGUCUUUUUAAAAAAUAUGAAAUAUUUUGAAUUGUAACUAUGAUAAAUUAUUUUUAAAUUAUUUGUAUUUAUUAUUCAGCUGAAGAUAUAUAUUCUUGUUUUGUUUUUGUCGGAUUUGUCCAUUUUCUACGUUA